CUUCGUUCCAAAGCAUCCAACUGGGACUAUAAAAGCUCUCUCCAGCGCAAACAACUUCAGUGAAAACGUACAGUCUUAGAGAACAGUCUUUCCAGAAUGCAGUAUUUGUCUCUGUUCAUUUUCAUAGCCUCGUCGAUAGCCGUCGCGGUGUAUGGUCAGAACACCGACUAUUGCUCUGCCGACAUUUGCAGGGCUGGAAUCACCCAUAUUGCCUGUCGUCAUACUGGCCAAUUCUCCUCGGCUUGUCCAUCCAGUGCUCGAAUGGUCAACCUUGAUGAUAAACUCAAAAAGGCGAUCGUUAAUGCACACAACACCAAGCGUAAUUGGAUUGCUGGUGGAGGUGAUGAACGUCAUGAUCCAGCCUGCCGCAUGGCCACCAUGCAAUGGGAUGAAGAAUUGGCCAAAAUCGCUGCUUACAAUGUUCGCCAAUGCAAAAUGGCGCAUGAUAAAUGUCGCAACACCAACAAAUUCAAGUACUCUGGGCAAAAUUUGGCCUGGAUGGGCUUCAUGGGCAAUACCAAGGAUGUUGACAUGUUGACAAAAGCCGUCAAUAUGUGGUACGAUGAAGUCAAGGAUAGUAGAAUGGAAUAUAUUAACAAAUACCCCAAAAGCUAUAGCGGACCGGCAAUUGGACAUUUCACUGUUAUGGUGGCUGAUCGCAAUAUCCGUGUGGGUUGCGCUGCUGCCACCUACCCCGAACCUGGACAACCCUACAAUGCUUAUUUGGUUGCCUGCAACUAUGCCACCACCAACAUGAUGGACCAUCCCAUCUAUGCCUCCUGUCCUAAAGCAACUACUGGUUGCACCACUGGACCAAACAAAAAUUUCCCCAACUUGUGCUCCCCCAACGAGAAAUACGAUGUCAACAAAUGGUUUUAAUUAUUUUAUGACUAAAUAUAGGAUAUUGUAUGAUGAUAUGAGAAA